UUUUAAAACAUUUAUUACGUCUUUCAACGACCAUUCUCGCGAUUCAUCGCAUGUGUGCCUCGCAGUAACCCGCCGCGAUGCUCAUUGAUGGUGAGAAGUGGGCGUGUGAAGCUUGCGUCCGGGGUCACCGGGUUAGCAGCUGUCACCAUAGUGACCGCCCUUUGACCCAUAUCAACAAAAAAGGCCGCCCAGUCUCUCAAUGUACCCACUGCCGCGGCUUACGCAAGUCUCGAACUACACACGUCAGGUGCGAGUGUGGCGACAAGAAAAAGAAAUCCGACUCGGAAUGCCAUGGUGACCGAGAUUUGAAGGACUCCCUUCAUCGUUGUGGCUGUUGCCACGGACAGCGCUGUACUUGUGCGCUGAAAAAGGAAUCCCAUCUUGACCCCGUUCCUGAGACAGGUUUACUUCCUUCUCAACCAUCGGUUCCUGCUGAACUUCCACGGAAACCGCAGCUCACGACGACCAAAUCCGAGUCGAUGUUGACUGUCUUCCGUGAUGGUCACCACAAACCCGCCCAUAAGCAUAAUGACAUGGCCCACAAGUGUGGAUUGCCGUACACAAUCCCACGAUCACAUACCAUCCACCACCCGUCCGACAUUCCUCGUCGUUCGGUGGACCACCUCCCAUUAACGUCCGCCUUUGUCCAGGAGCCCCUUCCCUUGUCGAUGGAGCCCGUGUCUCAGUCCCAACAGACUUCACAAAACGGUUCCCCUCACAGUGUCCCAACAACAGGCUCUGAAGAUGAUAUCAGCACGGCCUCUCUUGACCAAUCCUUCCUGGACAAAUUUGCGGCUCCUAGUUUCCCACCACCUGCCGCAAAAGACAAAAAGACAGACGGGUCAUCUAACCCUACGUCUGCCCCGGCUACCAUGGACAAGUUUCCUCUGGAGCAAAUUAUUACCAGCGUUCCUCCUGUCGAUGUCUCAUCCUUCGCCUCAUUUCCAAAUACGUCAUCUAACUCCCCGAUUACUUGUAUGGCAUUUCAAGAUAACUAUCACGACCAAUACUUCACCUCCCCAGACUCCGAAAUGCCGCUGGGAUCUGGAGGCUUGGGUGCGCCAUCGGUUGACUGGUCGAGCUUCCCGCUAUAUUCCGAUGCCCCUGCCGCAACUAGCACCCAGGCCCCGUCAUACGCCAGUUUUGAUUACAACUUUCCCUCGGGUCUCCCGCCACCGUCAUCCUCCGGCGAUAUCUCCGAAGUCGAUGAGUUUGGACCGCUCCCUGGUUUGGGACACAAUGGUAACAAUGACAUGCACGAUCUCCACAGCGUGAGCGAAGCGUCUGAUAUGGAUCACCUUCGUGCCAGUUCUGCAUCCUCAUUGGUUGGGCUACCACAGGCGCAGCUUCUGUCAUCAAAUGAUUUGGCGUCGAUGAACAUCGAUGAUUUCCUAAAGUCCGCCAAUGAAUCUACUGCCGCGCUCGAGCAUCAACUGCAAGCCAGCAUGGGGAUUGAGUCCAAGUCCCUCACAACACAAGACGCGUACUCCAUGCCCGCCCAGGACUCUAUUCCCAUUUGGCCAGCUAGCCUCUUUGAUUCUGACUCAACCCCACCGGUGGACAAUGGAUAUUUCGGUCCACAGUCCUGGGCACAGUAG